GGGCAGGCGGCGGGUCCUGGCGGCGGCGCGCCAUGGCUAAGACCGUGGCCUAUUUCUAUGACCCGGACGUGGGCAACUUCCAUUACGGGGCAGGACAUCCCAUGAAGCCUCAUCGCUUGGCACUGACCCACAGUCUGGUGCUUCACUAUGGGCUCUACAAGAAGAUGAGCGUUUUUAAACCAUACCAGGCAUCCCAGCAUGAUAUGUGUCGCUUCCACUCGGAGGAUUAUAUAGACUUCCUGCAGAGGGUGAGUCCCAACAACAUGCAAGGAUUCACCAAGAGCCUCAAUGCCUUCAAUGUGGGUGAUGACUGCCCAGUGUUCCCAGGCCUUUUCGAAUUUUGCUCUCGCUAUACUGGGGCCUCACUGCAGGGAGCAACGCAACUGAACAACAAGAUCUGUGAUAUUGCAAUAAACUGGGCUGGAGGCCUGCAUCAUGCCAAGAAGUUUGAGGCUUCUGGGUUUUGUUACGUCAAUGACAUAGUUAUCGGCAUUCUGGAGCUGCUCAAGUAUCACCCACGUGUUCUCUACAUUGACAUUGAUAUUCAUCACGGAGAUGGUGUUCAGGAAGCCUUUUACUUGACAGACCGUGUCAUGACAGUAUCUUUUCACAAAUAUGGGAACUACUUCUUCCCUGGUACAGGUGACAUGUACGAGGUUGGGGCAGAGAGUGGCCGCUAUUACUGCCUCAAUGUGCCACUGCGGGAUGGCAUUGAUGACCAAAGUUAUAAACACCUCUUCCAGCCAGUCAUUAACCAGGUGGUGGACUACUACCAGCCUACGUGCAUAGUGCUGCAGUGCGGUGCUGACUCCCUGGGUUGUGACCGUCUGGGUUGCUUUAACCUCAGUAUAAGAGGACAUGGGGAGUGUGUGGAGUACGUAAAGAGUUUCAACAUCCCCCUUCUGGUGCUGGGAGGAGGUGGCUAUACUGUUCGUAAUGUGGCACGAUGCUGGACCUAUGAAACGUCGCUGCUUGUGGAUGAAGCAAUUAGUGAGGAACUCCCAUACAGUGAAUACUUCGAGUACUUUGCUCCAGACUUCACCCUCCACCCAGAUGUCAGUACAAGAAUUGAGAACCAGAACUCUAGACAGUACUUGGAUCAAAUCAGACAGACAAUAUUUGAGAAUCUGAAAAUGCUGAACCAUGCUCCCAGUGUCCAGAUCCAUGAUGUUCCUUCUGACCUGCUCAGUUAUGACCGUGCAGACGAGCCUGAUCCAGAGGAGAGAGGCUCUGAGGAGAACUACAACAGGCCUGAGGCUUCUAAUGAGUUCUAUGAUGGUGACCACGAUAAUGAUAAAGAAAGUGAUGUCGAGAUCUGAGGGCUGAGUUGUUGGACUCUGAACUGUGGGGCGGUCCCUAUUAAGACGUUGGUGCUUGGUGGAGAUGACUGGGAUACACAUGAGCCAGUAAAAGGUCUCUUUUUGGACCUCCCCUUUAUAUUUGACGCAUGUGGCAGCAGGAGCAGCGUUGCCGGGGCAGGCUGGCUACCUAUGGAGGCACAGAGCAGUGAAACCUGUUCCUUACCCUCUCCAAUCCCUCAGGGCUCUGACUCUCAUCAGUAGGGCAAAUGGAAAUUCAUGUGACACUUGGAUCCACACCAUGGUCUCUGUGCUGCUGCCAUACAACCAGUUUCAGAGCCCAGUCUGCAGUGGCUUCACCAACUCCUCUCAGUACAGCUCAGGCUCCAGCCAGAGAGAUGGGAGUCAGUGCUGCAGUGCCUAGAAUCUCCCUGUCCCCUUCAUCAGCACCACUCAAUGUGUCCUUGGCCAUCUGCUCAGGCAAAAGUCCACUGAAACCUGCAGUGAGGUACACUUCCUGCCAGCUUUUCCAGCCAUCCUAAGUUCCUGUGUUUGGAGAGGCAAGACCAGUUCUAGGGUUGAGACUGGGGGAAGGGGUGAG